AUGCUCCGGCUCAAGAUUGUCGUCUGUAUGUUAGUGGCGGGUGUAACAGGGGCGGCAUGCCUGUUGGUCUACAACCCCGAGCAACAUGAGGAUCAGAGCGCCCGGUUCGCUGGCGACAAAGGCUACGAUAGCCUAGAAGAACAGAACGACCAGUCCUCCGACCAAGAGAGCCGUGAUAUUUCCGAAAGCAAGUCCAAAGGAGAGCCUGUGUGGCUCCUGCGACACAUCGACGACGAAGGCGACCCCAGGCAGUGGGCACUCUACAUGUUUAGGAAAGUAUACGAGCUUCGUGUCGUACGGAAUGCGCCCUUCCGCUACUCAAUCAUUUGUUCUCCACGGUUCGAAGCGCACGUCACCGACGGUGUCCGACUAUAUCCAAGAACGGGCUUUCAUCAUAUGAGUCCAGAGAGACCUUGCGUGGGAGGUACCCCUGAGCUUCACAUGACCUACUACCUUACCAGUUGCUACAUCUGCAUGGUUGGGAAGACACGUUUGACGCCAGAUGAGAUUCAGCAAGCUUUUAGCAGGGUCAAGGACGACUUUGGAGUGUUCAUUGCCACUUUCCCUUGCCAGAGCGUCCUAGACAGGUUUCUUAAGAAGAUCAUUGCACGAAGGGAUCGAUCCCCCGCCGCAAGAAUUCUAUCAGGCAGGUUAUCACAGGCAAGCGAUUGA